CUACUGCUGCAGGUCUCGGUCUCGGUCUCGGUGUGUGCAGCAGUAGCAAUAAGCAGCACUAACAGUGACAGUAACAGUAGUGCCAGUAUCGGUGAGAUGAAGACGAGCAGCGCUCUGUAGCCGCACUGACACCGAGCGGACCGGGCCGGACCGUUCGAGGCAUGAAGAACCAGCCGCCACACACACUCUGCUGCUGCUGUUAGGCGGGUGGAAUCGGUCCGCGAUGUCCAAGAGCCUGAAGAAGAAGAACCACUGGACAAACAAAGUCCACGAAGCUGUGCUGAGCCGCAACAAGGAGGGCGAGCUGGGCUUCGAGCUGCGCGGCGGAGCCGAGAACGGGAAUUUUCCUUACUUCGGCGAGGUGAAGCAGGCAAAGCUGGUCAUCCAGAGCGGCAAGCUGUGUCCAGACGAGCUGCUGCUGGAGGUGAACGACACGCCGGUGGCGGGCCUCACCACCCGGGACGUGCUGGCCGUCAUCAAGCACUGCAAGGACCCGUUCCGUCUCAAGUGCGUGAAACAAGGUGGUGUUGUAGAUAAAGACCUCCGACAUUACCUUAACCUGCGGUUCCAGAAAGGAUCGGUGGACCACGAGCUUCAGCAGAUCAUACGGGAUAACCUGUACCUGCGCACUGUACCCUGUACCACGCGGCAGCCAAAAGAAGGUGAAGUGCCGGGUGUGGACUACAACUUUGUGAGCGUUGACCGGUUUAUGGAAUUAGAGAAAAGUGGGGCCUUACUAGAGAGUGGAACAUAUGAAGAUAACUUCUAUGGCACCCCCAAGCCCCCGGCAGAGCCCACGCACAUGCUGUUUAAUGUGACUGACCAGCUGCUGCCAGGUGCCCGGCCCAGUGCUGAAGGAAAAAGGAAGAGGAACAAGUCAGUGAGCAACAUGGAGAAGGACAGCAUUGAACCACCUGAGGAAGAAGAGGAGGAAAGUCCCAUCGUGAACGGCAACGGCAUCGCUAUCACACCGGAGUCGAGCGAGCAUGAAGACAAGAGCACUGACGCAUCAGGUGAAGUGCCUCCUCCGUCAUGUCCACCAGAGACGCCCACCCUGAUGGGCACGGACGCCCCCGAGGAGGAACAGGAUGCCCCCAAAUUCCUGGUGGACUCACAGAGCAACGACGAUCUCGGCCCGCUCCCCGACAACUGGGAGAUGGCUUACACAGAGAAAGGAGAGGUCUACUUUAUCGAUCACAACACCAAAACUACAUCAUGGCUCGAUCCUCGAUUAGCCAAAAAAGCGAAACCACCAGAGGAAUGUGAGGAUGAUGAGCUACCGUAUGGCUGGGAAAAAAUAGACGAUCCUAUAUAUGGCAGUUACUAUGUCGACCAUAUCAACAGAAGAACACAGUUUGAAAACCCUGUCUUGGAGGCCAAGAGGAGAAUCCAACAGCAGCAGCAGAUGCAGAGCCAAGGAUUAUCAUCACUGCCUCUGCCCACUAUCUACAGAGAAAAACCUCUAUUCACACGAGACGCCACCCAGCUCAAGGGAACGUUCCUGUCCACGGCUUUGCAAAAGAGCAACAUGGGCUUUGGUUUCACCAUCAUCGGGGGAGACGAGCCGGAUGAGUUCCUGCAAGUAAAGAGCGUCAUUCCUGAAGGCCCGGCUGCACAGGAUGGAAAGAUGGCAACCGGUGAUGUCAUUGUCUACAUCAACGACAUCUGUGUUUUGGGCACAACUCAUGCAGACGUGGUGAAGCUCUUCCAAUCGGUUCCCAUUGGCCAAAGCGUGACCCUAGUGCUUUGCCGAGGUUACCCGCUACCGUAUGACCCGGAGGAGCCUUCGGCCAGCACGACGGUGCCCCCUCUGGGACUGGUGGACCAUCCACUCUUGCUCAAUGGACGCAGUACCUAUGAUAACUACAUGGAAUACAUGUCACUGACUGGGCGUCUGCUUCCUGAGCACGGGGACGCUCUGUCUCAGGUGUCUCACCCUGGGGAUACGCAUCUGGAUGGAUCACAGCCGCCAUCACUGUCCACACCGGGGCCGCCUCACGAUGACGCAGUGUCUAUGGCCUCGUCGUCUGGAGCGAUAGCCAGCGCUCAUGUCGCCCAAGAGAUACUGAGUCUCUCCAUGACCAAAGGAACUGAGGGUUUCGGCUUCACCAUCGCUGACAGUCCUACAGGCCAGAAGGUGAAACAGGUUUUGGAGCCGCAGGGAUGUCCGGGUCUGUGUGAAGGAGAUCUGAUAGUGGAGAUUAACCAGCAAGGCAUGCAGGGCCUCAACCACUCACAGGUGGUACAGAUCCUGAAGGACUGCGCUGUGGGUACCGAAGCCACCCUCAUCAUCCAGAGAAGUGGGGGAGUAGGGCAUUUCUCUCACUGGGAUGGGGCCAAACAGUGGGACCCACAGGGAAGUCCUCAAACAGGCCUGUCAGCCACCGGCCUCCCCCACACCACCCCUCAUGUUGGCCAGACGCACCACUGCACAUCAGCACCUGACACAGAAGGAGCCCACCUCAGCAAACCCGACCCCUAUGACCUGUAUGAAAAGUCUCGAGCUCUAUAUGAGAGCAGGCGCGGGGAGUACCAGGAAGUGGAGGUUCACCUUCUGAGAGAGAAGACCGGCUUUGGCUUCCGCAUCCUGGGAGGAGACGAAGCGGUGCAGGCAAUCGUAAUUGGAGCCAUCAUAGAGAACAGUCCAGCAGAGCGGGACGGUCGGCUGCGUCCCGGAGACGAGUUGGUGUCUGUGGACAGGAUGCCCGUGGGAGGUCGGCCGCACAGCUACGUCAUCGACCUCAUGCAUGCGGCGGCACGCAACGGCCAGGUCACCCUCACUGUGAAACGAAGGGUUCUGCCUCUGCCUGCCUGCUCUCAUCCUGUUCUUCAGUGGUCAAGACCCCCACAGGACCACCACAGAGCAGGUCAAACCUGUGGAGAGAAUGAAGCAGCAGCCAAUCAUAACAGCUCCCCUCGAGGCUGCACCGUGUGUCCAGUCAACCUGCCGCCCACCACCGAUGUAGUCAUUCACCGAAAAGAGACGGAAGGCUUUGGCUUCGUCAUCAUCAGCUCCCUAAACCGGCCGGAGAACACCGCCACAAUCUCUGUGCCACACAAGAUCGGGCGCAUCAUAGAGGGCAGUCCUGCUGACCGCUGUGGGAAGCUGAAGGUCGGCGAUCGCAUCAUGGCUGUCAACAACCAGUCAAUUAUCAACAUGCCUCAUGCUGACAUUGUGAAGCUAAUCAAAGAUGCAGGACUGACCGUUACUCUGCACAUCAUCCCUGAGGAAGACGUAAACGGCGCCCACUCAGGCCCCACCUCUGAGAAGCAGAGCCCCCUGGUGGCUCAGAAGCAAGGCCCACAAACUCAGCCAAGCUCAGCAUCCCAGCAGAGUGGCGGUGUGGCUAAUCCGAGUCCUCCCGCCCCCCACCCCAGCCCAGCAACCACCCAGUCCAGCCCCCAGCAUACAGAACUGAACCCUGCGAUAGUCCCUAGCAGCACGUGCGUCACUCAGCCGAAUCCAGCUGUGAGUCACCCCAGCAUCGAAACAGUGCACUCAGGCCCGAUUGGGACUCUGACGGGGACGUCAAUAGAUCCGAGCAUCCCGACUGUUCAAGGCAUUCCAGUUGUUGCGGGCGUUCCUGUUGUUCAGGGCAUUUCCAUGGUUGGGGGCGUCCCGGGUGUUCAGCUCAGCACUAUAGGAGGGGUGCCGGUCGCAGUUGCACCUCAGCUCUACCUUCACGACAGCAGGUCGGAGGUAAAAGCCAGACAGGAUGUUAAACCAGACAUCUGCCAACCACCGUACACGGACUACAGACAGCCUCCAGUGGACUACAGACAUCCACCUGUGGCGGAUUACAGACAGCCUCCCACUAUGGACUACAGGCAUCCUCCCCCACUCAUUGAUUACAGACAGCAUUCCAUCUCUGAUUACAGACCACAGGACUACGACUACUUCACAGUAGAGCUUGAGAAGAGCGUAAAGGGCUUCGGGUUCAGCAUCAGAGGAGGGAGGGAGUACAAGAUGGACCUGUUUGUUCUGCGUUUGGCCGAGGAUGGCCCAGCGAUCCGUAACGGCAGGAUGAGGGUGGGCGAUCAAAUUAUUGAGAUAAAUGGGGAGAGCACGCGGGACAUGAGUCAUGCUCGUGCCAUUGAGCUGAUCAAGGCAGGGGGCCGACGGGUGCGUCUGCUGCUCAAACGAGGCACAGGGCAGGUGCCUGAAUAUGGAAUGGUACCUUCCAACCUUUCCAUGUGCAUGAAAAGCGACACUCUUGCCUCUCCCUAUUUCUUUAUAAUGGGACACUCUAAAGAAACGGCGGUUCCACCUCCUGGAGUUCUUACCCUCCAGCCCCCUCUGCCUUGCCGGAAGUAGCGUGGCCCCACUAGUCGAAUUGUGCCCUUCACCACCGCCUUUCAUCUUACCCAGCCCUGCUCCAUGGACUCGCUCCUCUCCCCCAUCUCUCACACAGGCACUGCAUGAUGGGACCUGGACCAGACAUGGUGCUCCCUGGAGGCCAGCUAAUCUCAGUGCCACCAGCUUUAUGGAGAUAUAAAGAAGGGGUGGCAGGUCCAUCCAGAAAAAGCUGUGUAGGAAAAUGCAACAGAACUAGACAUAAAGAGAGCAAGAGUCUGGCAUAAAGACCAAGGAUUGAGUCCUGACAGUCAUGGAUGAACAGAUUCAGGCUUUUUUUCAUGGGAAGAUAAACAAUGAGGGGCUGCCAGGCUGGAUUUAACUACAGCCCAGAAGCUUGGCUUGCACAGACACACUACAGGAUCCAGAGAUGUUGUCCAAGUAGACCAGACUGGACUUGUGAAAGUCUGCCCCCCCCCUGCUGAAUGGAUCCUCAUUCACUCUGCUCCCACUAUUGAAGAUAAAGGGGAGAAAUCCUGCCCUGUUACAUGGUUAAUUAUGUAGAGUUUGUUUAUUUUUUGGAAUCAUUUGGAGUGCUUCUUUUAGGCAUUUGGCCACUGAAUACCAGGGGCAGGCAGUAAAAAAUAAGAUAUCUAUUUGUAGCAUGAAGGGUGGUUUCAAGGCCAUCAGGAAUUCAUCAGUAUUGUGUUUCAUUUGUCUGUGUGAGUUUACCAUAGACCUGAAAAAAAAUGUUGGUGAAAAAUGAGGCAAAAAGAACCAGUGCAUUUAAUUUUAUUAAAGGAUAGUGAAGGAAAUCUGUUAAGAGCAUAAUUUUAUAAAUUAUCAUGAACAAAACAAAAACAUGAAACCAUUCAAAUCAUUUAAAGAAACAUAUCAGUCAGCAGCGCAAUCAUAGACUUGAACCUCCAACCAAUGUGAUAGAGUAUCUCUGAUGCUAUGGAACAUAUGGUACUAAAUUCUAAUAACAUUAAAUGCAGUUCAUUUACAACAGCAGGAUUUUCUUGUUGUUAUCUACGGUUCUAUAAUAACUGUGGACUGUACUGGGCCAGACCUGCCUACCACUUUUCCUGCAGGACGCCUCAAUGCCUCAGUAUGUCAUUCCAGCCUCAUUUGUUCCUGUACUGUGCUUCAUGAACCACACCACUGUGGGGCCGGGGCCCCGUCCCAAACCUUUAAUCGGCCCUCCCUAGUCUCCCUUUGCCUCCAGGCUACCUGACUUGAAGGGACCAUAAGGCAGUGCGGAUGGAUGGUGGAGGCUGUGCAGUUGGAUUACAUUUAGACAAUGGCAAAGCUUUGAGAGAUUUGAAGUGCAUUAUGUGAGACUAUGGGAUUCAGUCCAGAGGGUUUGCUCACCUAUAGAAGAAGGAAUAAAAUGAUGUGAGCCUCAAAGUAUUUAAGCACCAGCAGAGCCUGUAUAGCACGGAGGAGUGGGGCUCAGUUGUAGGGACAGAGUGCCUUACUGGCAGGAAUGGGUACAGCAUGAAAUGAUGUCCAUCAAGGUAACUUUAAAUGCAUCCUUUUGGGACUGAACAGUUCGGAGUUUUAUUCUUCUCAGUAUUUUAUUAAACCAGCAGCCGUAGAACAUAUAAGCAGCUGCAGAGGAUAAACGGUAAAUUAGCCCUUCCAGAACCUACGAAUAAGUGGUACACAUUCAGUAUUACUUAGGAGAUUUACUUUUUUAGAACAAUGUAAACAGCAAACAAAGCAUUAUAUCAGGAUUUGGCUACUUUUAUAAAUAGUAAAGAAAUCUGAUA